GGCGGACGACAGAAGGUGAUAAAAUUGAAGAAGUUUAUUUCAACGAUUGAUAAUUAUCUUUUAGCCAUGGAUAUUUUAGAUGAUGAAAGCAAAACUUGGUGGCUCAUUUGCCCUUCAAACCAUACAAAAAGACUCAAGCUAACUUUAGAGAAAUUGUCACUCUACAAUCAUCAAAGAAAGAUAUUGCCUUUGGAGGAAGACAAUGGUAAGCUAGCAAUACCUUUGAAAUACGAAAAGUUUCAAGACGUUUUGAACAAAGAUGAAGAGCUCAAAUCUAUAAUAGAAGAUUUCAACGUAACAAUUGAACUCAAAUAUCUUCCCCCACAAAAGAGUAACAAGUUAAAACCAAGAGACAAGCUCUGUGAAUCUGUUCGAGAAUUAUUUCUUCGCAAAGGAUUAGUUUUUAAGGAAGAUCUUUAUCAAGAUCUACCAAGUCACUGGGAAAAACAUGGAGACUUGGUUCUUCUUUCUGACCAGUGCUUCCUAUCUGAAGAAUGGUUGCACGUUGGGAAUGAACUGUGGACAGUCACUGCUGAAGCUCUGGGUGCUAAGAGGCUUGGUAAAAAAUCAGCUAUCAGAGAUAAUGACUUCAGGAGCCCAAGUGUGUGUCUCCUUUCUGGUGUAGAUGGGUGGGUGUCCCAUGUCGAUAAUGGGAUUACAUAUACCUAUGAUGUUACCAAGUGUAUGUUCUCGUCUGGAAAUAUCACGGAGAAGAUAAGAGUUGGGGCCCUUGAUUGCAGUGGGCAGACUGUCGUUGAUUUAUAUGCAGGAAUUGGUUAUUUUGUUCUUCCAUAUCUUGUGCAUGCUGGUGCCAGCAUUCUUUACGCAUGUGAGUGGAAUCCACAUGCUCUGGUUGCACUCAGAAGAAAUCUAGCAAUAAAUCAAGUGGACAAAAGGUGUACAGUAUAUGAAGGAGACAACAAGAUGUUCCCACAUAAGGGGAUUGCAGAUCAUGUCAAUUUGGGGCUUAUUCCAUCCAGUGAGGGGGCAUGGCCAGUUGCUUGUGCAGCAUUGCAUUCAGAUCAUGGUGGAUGGCUUCACAUACAUGGCAAUGUAGCAUCUAGCAAGAAAACAACAGAUGAAGAUCAGAUACGAGAAGACACAACACACACCAUGAGCUCACCAUCCUGUAACCAGAAGAUAAAACCAGAAUGGAAGGAAUGGAGCAGCUAUGUGUCAAAGAAGAUCACAGAAUUGCUGCUGCAUGAGAAUCCAUCAAGAGCAUCUACGUGGGAAGUCAGUGUACAACAUAUUGAGCAUGUCAAGUCGUAUGCUCCACACAUUGAUCACUUGGUUCUAGAUGUUAAAUGUGUACCAUUACUAGAAAAAUAGAAGCUACCUAUAGAAUUAUUUCAAAAAAGGUUGGUGAAGUUUUUGCUGCAUGCUGCAUGUUACAUGCCGCGUGUUACAUGUUGCAUGUUACGUGUCACCUGUUGCAUGUUGGCAUGUUGCAUGUUGCAUGUUACAUGUCGCCUGUUGCAUGUUGGCAUGUUACAAUUUGCACGCUUGUUGCAAGUUGCAUGUUACGUGUCACCUGUUGCAUGUUGGCAUGUUGAAAGUUACAAGUUGCAUGUUGCAAGAUGCAAGUUGCAUGUUGUAUGUUUCAUGUUGCAUAUUGCAUAUUGCAUAUUGCAUCUGGUUCACUAAGCUUGAAAUGUAUUAUUUUCAUAUUUAAAUAAUGUCAGAACAAAAGAAGUAUACCGGAGGAAUAUAGAACCAGAGCAAACUUGUUGUUUCUAUAUGAAAUGAUUUUCCAGCUGAUCUGAAAUAGUGACGUAGAAUGACAUUACUGCAAAACUGAAAUGUCAUGAAGCCUGCACAAAAUGACCAGUGAAAAAUAAAAGCCUGUCCACCAUUGCAAUAACAAUAUAAAACUCCUUAGUUAUUGUGUUCCUGCCAUCAACCUCGUGUUAGCAACGUUAUUAUUUUUCAUUUGGUGGCUUGGAAAUCCACAAUUUCAAGUGGAAAAGUGACACCUCUUUGCAAAUUUUCUAGAUUCUAAUCGGAUAACAAAUUUUUUUCAGAUCAGCUGCCGGGUUAUUUUUAACUAACAAUGGUAACACAUAGCAUAUAUAUUCAAGUGAUGACGUCAUGUUAAUUAAUUUUCACUGUAUCAUAUUUUGGUUCCUAGUUUCGAUAGACAAUCAAAAAAGAGGUUACACGAAGAAUUUGUAAUAAUCGGUCAAAUAGCAGCUGAGAUUCGUCCUUUUGAAUAUAAUUUCCCCAUACAAAACACUGUAUUAUCGGCUCUGUUCCAAAGGUUGGCUGGUUAUAUAUAAGAUAUAACAAAAAGAGACUAAUGAAGAAUCUUUUGUUAGAUUCAUCCAAGAUGGCAGCUAUGAAAAUCGACAAUUCAGAUGAGAUAUAACGCAUGAUAGAAUACUCCAA